UGCGCAUGCGCAGCGCACACCGUAGCUGAAAGCAUGGCGGAGAAGGAGGGCAAAGCGGCAGGUCAGUCUGAGUUUGCUAAGAGGAUCGACCCGGCGAAGGAGAGUCUGAGCCGGGAGCAGCUGCAGUUCAUCCGCCAAGCCGAGCUCGCUCAGUGGAAGAAGAGAAGCCAGAAGCUCCGCGGGAGGAACAUUAUAACUGGGCUCGCCAUCGGAGCUGUAGUGAUGGGCAUCUACGGAUACACCUUCUACUCCGUGUCCCAGGAGAGGAUCAUGGACCAACUGGACGAAGAGGCGAAGGUGGCCGCGAAGUACCGAGCGCCAAAGACUGGAGCAAACUAAAGUCAGACCAGGCUUUGGGGACAUUUAGAUAAAAGAGCUGCUCCUCAGUUCCUCCAGCGGCUGUUGGAGGAGACGUCUCUUCAGCCAGCUUCUCCACCGGAGUCUCUGACAUGGACAGUGUCUUCUUGAUUGAAAUGUACAGUAAAGAAUUAAAUUUUCUGCUGAGGCUUCAGUAACACCACGCAGCCCUACAGCCACUAGAGGGCAGUGUUCCACCAACAAUAGAGAUGUACAAACAAAUAAAUUAAAUUUAAAAGGGAAAUUCCACUGAUUUUUUAGAAUGUGUGCAGAAUUAACUUGUUCAGAUGUAAACAGAGUUGUUCAGUGUGGUUCUAGAGCCGUUCUAGAGAAAUGCAUUUGACAGUGGUGGUGAUAGGAACCAGAUGGCCACCUCUGAAAGCUCCCUCGCAGAAAGUUCCUACAUGAAAUAGUAACAGAUUUGCUGUUUGCGAUUGUUUUAAGGAGGUUUUGGCCUAAAUUUUUCACCUUUUCGCAUCAUCAACAUUCCAUAUAAAAGCUCUGAAGACUCGUGUAGGUUUACUGGUGGUUCUGGAUAGUAAACAAAAUGUCUAUCUGUGUUGUAGACGUUGUGACGGCUGGUUCCUUCCACCACUAUAAAAUUUCUGCAUAAUUAAAAUUAGUGAAGUUUGGUGUUUGGUGUGAAACGCUCUGUCCUAGAGUCAGAACUGUUCACAGUGGUGGUGAUAGGAACCAGACGUCCCCCUCUAAAUGCUCCCUCACAGAAAGUUCCUACAUGAAAUGGUUAUGAAUUCACUGCCUGAUGGUCUGAGACAGUUUUAUGAUAGUAAAAUGAGAGGAUUUCAGCCUAAAAUUUCUCUUCAUGCUACAUGCGGGGUGUUCUAAGGCAAAACAGCCCACAUCAAACCUCACGUCUCAAUGUAACUGCAUUAUGGUGAAUUUUGAAAAAUUGGUGGAAUUGCCCUUUAAACAGCUGCAUUCAGCUUGUGCCAGCUUUUAGGUGAAGGAGAGAGGGUUCAUAUCAAGCUGUAAAGAUUGUGAAGCCUUUGUGUUCUGUCAUAAAGUGUGUGCUGUAAUCAGUUUAUCUUAUCAAAUAAAACUUUAUUUUUAAUUUUAUUGUACAAAUACAA